AUCCUUACAUUACAUUCUGAGGUUAAUUUCCUAUUUGUGUAUUCAGCUGGUAGCUAACGGUUUUAGUACUUGCAGAAGAGACAGCGUAGUAGAUACAUCAUGUGGAGGCUCAAGAUUGCAGAAGGGAAUGGCCCGUAUCUGUACAGCACCAACAACUUUGUAGGCAGACAGAUAUGGGAGUUCGAUCCCAAUGGAGGAACCCCGGAAGAAGUUCGAGCUUUCCAGAAGGCGCGCGAAGAGUUCGCUGAGAAUCGGAAGAAGGGAUUUCAUUCUUGUGGGGAUCUCUUCAUGAGAGCGCAGCUUAAGAAGGAAAGCGGAAUUGAUUUGCUGGGGAUUCCGCCGGUCAGAGUUGGAGAAAACGACGUCGUGACGUACGAAACGGCGACGAUUGCUGUGAAGAAAGCUCUGCGGCUGAAUCGGGCGGUGCAGGCGAGCGACGGACACUGGCCGGCGGAAAAUGCAGGGCCGAUGUUUUUCACUCCUCCACUUAUAAUCGCAUUGUAUAUAAGCGGAGCAAUCAACACAAUUUUGACGUCUGAACACCGGAAGGAGAUGAUCCGCUAUAUCUACAAUCAUCAGAAUGAGGAUGGCGGAUGGGGAUUUUACAUCGAAGGGCACAGCACGAUGAUAGGCUCAGCACUCAGCUAUGUGGCGCUGCGGUUACUCGGAGAAGGUCCUGACGACGGGACCGGCGCCGUCGAAAGAGCUCGCCGGUGGAUUCUUGAUCACGGCGGCGCUACGGGAAUUCCGUCGUGGGGGAAGACGUAUCUCUCGGUGCUUGGAGUGUAUGAUUGGGAUGGCUGCAAUCCUCUUCCACCGGAAUUCUGGUUAUUCCCUUCAAUUUUCCCUUAUCACCCUGCAAAAAUGUGGUGUUAUUGCCGCACAACGUACAUGCCGAUGUCAUAUCUUUACGGAAGAAAGUACCAUGGGCCGAUUACAGAUUUAGUGUUAUCACUGAGGCAAGAAAUUCACAUAGAGCUCUACGAUCGGAUCGAUUGGAACAAGGCGCGGCAUGAUUGUUGUAAGGAUGAUGUUUACUACCCACACACCUUUGUACAAGAUCUGCUUUGGGAUACUCUCAACUACUGCUCGGAGCCCCUGAUGAGGCGAUGGCCUUUCAACAAGAUCAGGCAAAGGGCCCUCGACAAGGCAAUAAAAUAUAUGCGGUAUGGAGGAGAGGAGACCAGAUAUAUAACCAUUGGAUGUGUAGAAAAAAGUUUACAAAUGAUGUGUUGGUGGGCUCAUGAUCCUAAUAGUGAUGAGUUUAAGCAUCACCUAGCCAGGGUGCCUGAUUACUUGUGGCUUGCCGAAGAUGGCAUGAAGAUGCAGAGCUUUGGAAGUCAAGUAUGGGACAGCACUCUUGCCACUCAGUCAUUAAUUUCGACAGGAAUGGUUGAGGAAUACGGAGAUUCUCUUGAGAAGGCGCACUUCUACCUAAAAGAAUCUCAGAUAAAAGAAAAUCCAAAGCCAGACUUCAAAAGCAUGUAUCGUCACUUUACUAAAGGAGGGUGGACCUUCUCUGACCAAGAUCAGGGGUGGGUUGUAUCAGACUGCACUGCCGAAGCGCUUAAGUGCCUACUUUUACUCUCACAAAUGCCAAAUGAAAUCGUGGGAGAGAAGCCUGAUGUUGAACGUCUUUAUGAAGCUGUGAACGUGCUCCUUUAUUUACAAAGUCCGACAAGUGGCGGAUUUGCUGUCUGGGAACCCCCAAUUCCGCAGCCAUAUCUACAGGUUUUGAAUCCCUCGGAACUCUUUGCAGACAUAGUGGUGGAGCAAGAGCAUGUCGAAUGCACCGCUUCAAUUGUACAAGCUCUUCUAGCAUUCAAACGCCUCCAUCCAGGUCACCGCGGAAAAGAAAUAGAAGUUUCCGUGGCAAAGGCAUUAAAGUUUCUCGAAGAGAAGCAAUGGCCAGAUGGUUCAUGGUAUGGCUAUUGGGGAAUUUGUUUCAUUUACGCCACGUUCUUUGUGCUGGGAGGAUUAGCUGCUGCAGGGAAAACAUAUGAAAAUAGCCAAGCUGUCCGUAAAGGUGUCAACUUCAUCUUGUCAACACAGAACGAAGAAGGUGGAUGGGGAGAAAGCCUCGAGUCUUGUCCUAGCAUGAAAUAUACACCAUUGGAAGGAAACCGCACAAAUUUGGUACAAACAUCAUGGGCGAUGCUCGGACUUAUAUAUGGUGGACAAGCGGAGAGGGAUCCCACACCCCUACAUAAAGCAGCAAAGUUGCUAAUAAAAGCGCAAAUGGAUGAUGGAGACUUCCCCCAACAGGAAAUAACUGGAGUGUACAUGAAGAACUGCAUGCUGCAUUAUGCGCAAUAUCGAAAUAUUUUCCCCCUAUGGGCAUUGGGAGAGUAUCGCAAACGCAUUUGGCCUUCCUAGCGCCUCUAGAAACUACACACACACACAUAUAUAUAUAUAUAUAUAUAGAUAGUUCCAUGGAAUCUUAAACUUCUUCAUACCAUUACCAAGGUUGUUGUAUUGUAGCAUCCAUGUUGUAGUUUAAUAUUAAACAAAAUGACAAGUGUGCAUUUCAUAUUUACAUGAUAGGUAAAAAUUAUGAUGAGUA